AUGGCACUACAUUACAGAAAAGAUGGUGGUUUAGAUAUGCGAUAUAGUUCAUCAAGAGCAGCGAUGUCUUCUGGUUUUAGUAUGGGUGCUUCAGGAUUUUCAGGUGGUGGACACUUUUCUCCUAUGAAUUACGGAUCAAAUGCAUCUUCUGGACUUCAUUACAAAAAAGAUGGUGGCUUAGAUAUGCGUUAUAGUUCAUCAAGAAUUGCUUCUGCGUCUGCUACUCCAUUCAGCAGUCGACCGCCAACGUCAUCUGAACUUCAUUACAAAAAGGAUGGUACGAUGGAUAUGCGUUAUAGUUCAUCAAGGGUUGCUUCUACAUCUGCAGCUGCAUCGUCUAUCAGCCGACAGCCAGUUUCCUCCGGAUUGCACUACAAAAAAGAUGGUGGUUUAGAUGUGCGUUAUAGUUCAUCAAGAGUUGCUUCUGCAUCUCUUGCACCAUCUAGCAGUCGGCCGCCAACUUCAUCUGAACUUCAUUACAAAAAAGAUGGUACGAUGGAUAUGCGUUAUAUUUCUUCAAAAGCGGUCGCAUCUUCUAUACAAUCAAAUAACUCUUCUCAACACCAUUAUAAGAAAGAUGGCAGUUUGGAUAUGCGAUAUUCUUCAUCUCGAAACACAAUAACGAAUAAUAAUCAUGGAAUACCAAAAGAUAUCCCUGUUACGAAAACUGGUAUUCCAGAUAUGAGAACAACAGCUGCGAAAAAUUGGGUAAAACAACAAGCGCAAAAUGAUACAGGAGAAAUACCAUCAUGGAUUCCAAAAACUAAAGAUGGAUCAUUUGAUAUAUCAAAGGCUAUUACACAAGAGUAUCUUAAAUGGAAAGAUACAACAUCAAAAGAUUAUUCUCCAGAUCAACGUUUAGAUUAUUAUUCAAAAAAAUUAGCAGAUAUGCUCUUUCAAAAUCUGGUUGAAAAUGCACGAGAAGAUCAAGUUGAUAUGCCACAGUAUGAAAUGUUACCCAAUACCGAUGAUAUUCAACAUCAAUUAUGUUCUCGACCCAAUAAUUCAUGUCCUUUGAGACAAAAUUAUCGUGAUGAUGAGAGUGAUGAUGAUGAUGAUGAUAAUAAUAAUUAUUCAUUUCGUUCAGCUCGUUCACAUCGAAAUAUUAAUUGCGAUAUUCGUAGUGAAGUUUCUGAGUUGAUUCCAGUGAUUAAUUAUGAAGAUUUAAAUAUUGAUUUCGAGAAUCCAUUAGGUCGAGGUUCAUUUGGUACUGUUUAUAAAGGUCGAUGGAAAUAUCAAAUUGUUGCUAUUAAACAAUUACAUUUAAAUAGAUUAUCUCGACAAGAAAAAAAAUCAUUUGUUAAAGAAAUAAAAAUCAUGUCAAGUUUAGGUAAACAUCGAAAUUUGGUCGAUUUGCAUGGUUAUACAUUAGAACCAUUGUGUUUAAUUAUGGAAUAUGUACAAUUAGGUUCAUUAAGUUAUUUACUUCACUAUUGUGAAGAUCCACAAAUUGAAGCAAAAAUCACCGAUGGAAGAAUUAAGAAGAAAAUAAUACUUGGUAUCGUUCUUGGAAUGAUUCAAUUACAUAAAGUUGAGAUUGUACAUGGAGAUUUAAAACCUCAAAAUAUUCUCAUUACUGAAGAUUAUACAGCUAAAAUAACUGAUUUUGGAUUUGCUACACUUCGUGGCAAAACAUCAUCGUCUAUUGCAUCAUCAAAAAUAGCUGAUGAACAAUCACAAAUAUGUGGAACAGCUGGUUAUAUGGCUCCCGAACUUUUAUCUACAUCAUCACCUCCAGAAUAUUCAAGUGAUGUUUAUUCUUUCGGAAUAAUGUUCAAUGAAAUUCUUCAAGAAGAAGAACCGUAUGCAGAUCAAUUUCAAAAUUUUGCAGGACGAGGUCCAUUCGGUGCUGUUAAUCAUGCAAAACUAGGAAAUCGACCAAGAAUAAGUGGAAAAACACCAAUUUUUCUGAAACAUUUUAUUCAAAAGUGUUGGCAUCAAAAUCCACGUAAUCGACCAGAUUUUGAACAAAUUUUUCACGAUUUAAAACCAUCAGCUGUUGAAAUUCCUCAUUCGUUUUAA